AUGGCCGACCCAGCAGCAGACAUCGAAGCCCACGACGGCAAGGCCGGCGCAGUGCAGACAGCAAAGGACCUCUUUUCCGGCGCAGCAGGCGGCAUUGCCCAGGUGCUGAUCGGCCAACCCUUCGACAUAGUAAAAGUCCGGUUACAGACCAGCACCGUGUACCCGUCCGCCUUCAGCGCAGCGACCUCCAUCUGGAAGCACGAAGGCCCGCUGGCCUUUUACAAGGGCACGCUGACCCCGCUGCUGGGAAUAGGCGCGUGCGUGUCGGUGCAGUUUGGCGCCUUCCACUCGGCGCGGCGGUACCUCGAGCAACGGAAGACCAACAACACGCCUCUAAGCUACGGCGAGUACUACGCCGCGGGCGCCUUCGCCGGCGUCGCCAACAGCCCGCUGUCGGGCCCCAUCGAGCACGUGCGCAUCCGAUUGCAGACGCAGCCCCACGGCGAAGGCGCCCGGCUGUACCAGGGCCCCUGGGACUGUGUGCGCAAGCUGUGCGCCCAGGGCGGCGUGGGCGGGGGCCUGUACCGCGGCUCAGCCGUCACGGUGCUGCGCGAGGCCCAGGCGUACGGCGUGUGGUUCCUGGCCUUUGAGUGGCUUAUGAACGCCGACGCGAAGCGCAACAAGGUGGACCGGAAAGAGAUCCCCAGCUACAAGGUCGCGCUGUACGGGGGGCUGGCCGGCGAGGCGCUGUGGCUGGCGAGUUACCCGCUCGACGUAGUCAAGAGCAAGAUGCAGACCGAUGGCUUCGGGGAGCAGCAACGAUACAAGACCAUGAGGGAUUGUUUCAGGCAGACGUGGAGGGCUGAGGGGAUGCGGGGGUUCUGGAAAGGCAUUGGGCCGACAUUGUUGAGGGCUAUGCCCGUCAGUGCGGGCACCUUCGCGGUGGUCGAGAUGACGAUGCGGGCAAUUAAUUGA